CUCUACAUAAGCAUCUUUGUGUUUACUAUAGUCGAAUACAUAACAUCUUUUGCGCCAUUAAUAUUGUAUUUUUACAUGAAUUUCUGUGUACCACAAUUGCUAAAUGUUAUUCAAAAGCUGCGAAAUGAAAGCUAUAGCAUGAUCCGAAGGCAAAGGGAAAUAACACAUGAGGUUUCUACAAUCAGGCUCAAUAACCAAUAUGCUAAAGAUACAGCUUUGGAUUGCAAAAAGAAGCAAGCAGCCUAUGAUGAUCAUUUACUUGAGAAAGAAGCAAAAGAAGAAUACUUAUCAGUAAUGUUAGAAAGAGAUGCACUAUGCUGCAUCUGCUUAUCAGGCUAUGAAGAGAAUGAUAUAUUAGGUGUAUGCAUUAUUUCCAUAAAAUAUGUAUAAAUAGAUGGCUUAUGCUUGAUCAAAGAUGCCCUCUGUGCAAACAAGAUUUUCGUAAAAAAUAAUUUAAAGUAAUUUAUAUUGAAUUUAUG